AUGAAAUAAGAGCCUGAGCUUAUUCCGACUAAACCACGAAAUUAAAGAAUAUUUUCGACUGCUCAUGGCCCAGAACAACAAUUUACAAAUGAGCUCUAUGCUGAUGAUGAUAUAAAGAAAGGAGUCAUUGAGAAAGAUUUGCAGAAUUACUACAAUGUUCAAUACUAUGGGAAACUAUUUAUGGGUUCUUAAUAAGAGGAGAUGACCUUGAUAUUUGAUACAGGCUCUUCAUGGCUGUGGGUACCAAGUCAGAACUGCAAAGACUGUCACACUAAGGCUAAAUUAUAUGAUACUAAAAAAUCUUACAAAUAUCGACAGGUUGGUACAACACCUUUAAAUGUGAGAUAUGGUGCUGGAAAUGUUUGGGGUUACAAAUCUUAAGACUAAGUAUGCCUAGAAAAAAAUAAACCUGAGACUUGCAUUAUUAACUACAACUUUCUAGCAGUAGAUUAAGCAACAGAUUUAUCUGGAUUAUAGUGUGAUGGUAUUAUUGGAUUAGCUCCAAGCACUUAAUUUACACAAUCAGAUCUCUUCAUAGAUAAACUAUUCAUGAAUGGAAUAAUAAACGAAAGAGUAUUCUCUAUCAGCUUUGGGGGGUAAGAUGAAAAGUCAAAAAUCAUUUUUGGAGGCUAUGAUUUGAAAUAUGCAAGAGAAAAUUAAAGUCUAACUUGGAAUACUCUUGUUGAUAUUAAUUACUGGACACUUUAAUUAAAUUCUGCUAAAAUUGGAAAUUAUCAAUUCAAGCUAGACACUAAUAAAGUUAUCAUUGAUUCAGGUACAUCAUACAUCCUCAUGCCGACUGAUGAUUUUUCAGAAUUCAAAUAAUAUCUUGCUGGUAAAGGCUUGGAUUGUAGCACAGAUACUGGCAAAACCGAUCUCUAUUAUUGUUCUUGCUAUACUACGAGUCAUUCUGAUUUUGAUGAUUUAUAAGUUACAAUUGGGGCAAAUACAUAUCAUAUACCAUCUACUAGUUAUCUGGAUAAACAGAAUUUAAAGUGCUACUUUAGGAUACAACAAUAGAAGUUUACUUAGAAAUCUGGAUUUUGGAUUUUAGGUGAUAUAUUUUUGAUUAAUUACUACGCUGUAUUUGACUACGAAAAUCUUAGAGUCGGAUUUGCAGGCUCCACAUAUGUAGCAAAGGUUACAUAUUGGAAAGAUAUUCUCUUAGUUAUUUCAAUACUUACAGCGUUUUCUGGGUUCACUUGCUUGUUAAUAUCUUUUUUCAAAGAUAAAUUUUAGAAAAAUGCUAGAAAGUUUACUAUUUAGCAAAAGACAUAAGAAUGCGAAUUAAGUGAGAAUCCAUUAGGGAGAUAUCAGCCUAUUCAAUUAAAUUUUGAUGCAGAGGAAUCAAGGGAUAAGAAUAAUUGUAGUAGCAAAUAUAUCGGAUCCCAAUGA